UGCGGGAAGGGAAGGCGCGCGCCGUUCUACUCCAAUAGCGCGGCGAGCGGAGGCGGAGAAAGCAGAGCAGGAUUAAUCCGAUACAUUUUUAGAUUUAAUAUCUAGCGAGCGCUCGUGAUUUCCGGUUCUCGUUAACUUGUACAGUGAAAGACUGACAAUGUGGCCGUUUAGGUGCUCGGUAGCUUUGAAGGAGCUGCUCAAACCAAACCGGACGAGUCCGUUAUUUGUUAUCGCCAGGGAUAAGACGUCACGAGCCGCCCGCGACAAAGUCACACCGGCGACGUGGACGGGCGCGCGUGCUCCCGCCGGAGGAUGCCGCCGUUAUCUGUGCACGAGCUCUGGUCAAACAAAAAACGACAAAGAUGCAGCCAACGAGAAAAGAAGGAAGGCAGGAAUCCUGCCCAGUCUGGAGGAUCUGCUCUUCUACACCAUUGCUGAGGGCCAAGAAAAAAUCCCAGCACACAAGUUUACUACGGCGUUGAAAGCGACAGGUCUGCGUACAGGAGAUCCCCGUCUGAAGGAGUGUAUGGAGAUGCUGAAGAUCACACUGAAGACCUCAUCUGAUGGAGCACUGGAUCGACACCUCUUUAAAAAAUGUGUCCAGAGCAACAUUGUGCUGCUCUCUCAGGCGUUCCGGAAGAAGUUUGUGAUUCCUGAUUUCCAGUCGUUCACAUCGCACAUCGACGAGCUAUACGAAGGCGCCAAGAAGCUCUCUGGAGGACAGGUGGCAGACUACAUCCCCCAGCUGGCUAAGUUCAGUCCUGAUUACUGGGCCGUGUCUCUCUGUACUGUUGAUGGCCAGAGACACACAGCAGGCGAUACCAAAGUGCCAUUCUGCCUGCAGUCGUGCGUGAAGCCGCUGAAAUACGCCAUCGCCGUUCACGAUCACGGCACCGAGUACGUGCACCGCUUCAUUGGGAAAGAACCCAGCGGGCUGCGCUUCAACAAGCUGUUCCUCAACGAGGACGAUAAGCCACACAAUCCGAUGGUGAACGCAGGAGCCAUAGUCUGUACCUCACUCAUCAAGCAAGGUGCCGGAAAUGCAGAGAAGUUCGACUAUGUGAUGAACUUCAUGAAAAAGAUGGCUGGAAACGAGCACGUGGGUUUCAGCAAUGCGACGUUUCAGUCUGAGAGAAUGUCUGGAGACAGAAACUUUGCCAUCGGUUACUAUCUGAAGGAGAAGAAGUGUUUCCCAGAGGGCACAGAUAUGACCGCUAUCCUGGACUUCUACUUCCAGCUGUGUUCUAUAGAGGUGACGUGUGAGAGUGCUAGCGUGAUGGCGGCUACGUUGGCCAACGGAGGAUUCUGUCCAAUCACAGGCGAGCGUGUGCUGAACCCCGAGGCCGUGAGGAACACGCUGAGCCUCAUGCACUCCUGCGGCAUGUACGACUUCUCCGGCCAGUUCGCCUUCCACGUGGGUUUACCAGCGAAGUCGGGCGUGGCUGGUGGUAUUUUGUUGGUGGUUCCGAAUGUGAUGGGUAUCAUGUGCUGGUCUCCUCCUCUGGACAAACUGGGGAACAGCGUCCGUGGCAUCAAGUUCUGCACGGAUCUGGUGCAUCUGUGUAACUUCCACAACUAUGAUAAUCUGCGUCACUUUGCUAAGAAGCUGGAUCCUCGGCGAGAGGGCGGAGACGAGCGGGUCAAAUCUGUUAUUAAUCUGCUGUUUGCUGCCUACACAGGGGACGUGUCUGCACUGAGGAGGUUCGCUCUGUCCUCGAUGGACAUGGAGCAGAGAGAUUAUGACUCCAGGACGGCGCUUCAUGUUGCUGCUGCUGAAGGUCACACUGAGGUUGUGCGCUUCCUUCUCGAGGCCUGUAAGGUGAACCCCGAACCCAGAGACAGGUGGGGGAACACACCCAUGGACGAGGCUGUACACUUCGGUCAUCAUGACGUUGUGACGAUUCUGCAGGAUUACCAUAACAAGUACAGUCCUCAGGAGAGCCGGCCCGCCGGGGACAAAGAGACUGCUGAGAAGAACCUUGAUGGCUUGCUCUGAGUGUGUGUGUGUGUGUGUGUGUGUGUGUGUGUGUGCGCGUCAUGUUCCUGAUGAUUAUCUCCGUAGACCCUGUGUAGGGAUGUGGUCACGUGUUUGUGCGUAAGGGUGUAUUUAUUAUAGAUGGUGUGUGUGUGUGUGUGUGUGUGUUGUGCUAUAGGUAUGUAACCUGCAGGUGAUGCUCCACAGGGUUGCCAGAAAUUCUGCUCAAUGCCAUUUCUUCUAUCAAAUCAGGAAACUUUGACUAUAAAUAAAUGUCAUUCUAAUUGUGGCUAUAAGUUCAUUAGCGUUAAUUAGGAGGGUUUAAAUCCUUUCAAUCUGGCAACGCUGUGACAUUUCCCUUUACUGCAGCUGUGUUAUUGAUCCAUACACACACUGAAUGUGUUGUAUAUUAUGUAUAAGUGUAGUGUUAGGAAAUAUUUAGUGUCGUAGUUUUUUUUCCGGUAGCUACAAAAAGUAAGACUUUAUUUUAUUUAUUUAGUUGUUUUUUUUUUAAAAGAAAUGAUAAAUCAGGUUUGGGAUCGUGGAUGAGCUUUUCUCCGAUCGCAUGGUUGUUUGCCUUUUUAAUGGGUUUUUAAGGGUUAAUGGUUAUAAAUCAAGCAUCAAUAAUCACUAACACGGUACAUCACAAUAUUCAACCUGAAGCAGGGAAUACACAUUCAUAAAAAAAAAUAAUAAGUAUGUUUGUCUUCCAGUGAAUAUGAAACGUUCUCCAGGUUAGGGGGUUCCGCACAUAACGGGUAAAGAGUACGGUGUUCUACUGACAGGACGACGGCUCAUGUUUUUGUUUAAAUCCUGCCGCAUUAAAACAGAAUGCGUGUAUAUUGUUGAUUUUAACCCGUGGCUCAGCCAAUCAGAUUGUAGAUCUGUUUAAAAAUGAAAGGUGCAUUAGCUAAGACUUGUAAAGAUGUAGAUAUAGUACGUGGAGGUGAAUCCAAUUUGAACUAUUUGUUUACUUACUCCUUGAGCCCGCCCCCUCGUACCCAACGUACGCAGAGCUCCGCCCCAGAACCUACGGCUGUAGAAUUAACAUUCGAUUGCUCGAAAGCCGUGUUCUAGCACUAUAAGCGCACGCAGAAUACGGCUCGUGCCGAAUUUCACGACCGGUCGAGCGUGCCGUUUUUCUUUGUAACGAACGGUUUUAGCCUUUAACCAGCACCACAUACGUUUCUAUUUCAAUUUGGUUUAUCCAAACUGACCCACUUGGCUCUCCAAGUACCGAAAACUCUAUUCGAACAACUUAAGUUCAUCAUCAGUAAUAAACGACGUCCAUCUUGGUGGGAAAAACUAGUUUUUAAUUCAGGUUUUACGACGUUUCUUGUUACGUUUUUAAAAUACAUUAAAAAAAAAUUCGCAGGAGAAUUCUCUGGCUGCGUCUGGGCGCGUACCGAUUUCACACCGAGAAGUUUAAACGCGUUAAAACGUGUCGUCUAGACACGAGUCGCUCUGGACCAUAACAAAGAUUUCCACACGUUUUUUUUUUUGUUUUUUUUUUUCAGCCAUGUGUUACACGUUCGCGGCUUAAACCUUUUAGUUUGUAUCGUGUGAUGCAGAUUUCCCAGGUUAUCAGUGCAGGAUAAAAAUGUUAAAACUCGCACCUUUUAAUUUUGUUUUGUCGGACUUCUCGUGCUCCGUUUCGGAGUAGGAGGCCUAUGUACUCUGUAACUUGUGUGCAAUUCUGAAGGGUUCUUAUUUAUAUACCUGGAGUACACGCAAAAAAAAAAAAUUUCUUCACACAGUUUUAUUCAUCCCGAAUGUGUGUGUGUGUUUCCUCUGUGCUGUAGUUUUAAAGUGUGUUUAACUUGGUAUUAUUGUGAUGUACUGUAUUGGUGAUUAUGGGCUGAUGUGUGUUUAGCGUGUGUGUGUGUUUUAGAAGUCAGUUCGGAAUGUACUGAAGUGUGACCGGUGAGUUUUAGGGACCAGAGAAAUUCAGAUCAGAGGUAAGACAACGUAAAGACCAAAACAGAUUCACAACGGUUUGUUUACUUAUGUAUGUAUUUAUUUAUUUAUUGGUUGAAAAGUACUUGAAACAAACAACAACAACAAAAAAAAACCACAGGAGAAAUUCUCAUUCAUGAGCAGCCUGGAUACGCUGACUCUCGUGCGUGAUGAAAUCAAUCAGUAGGUUAACGUAAAUUGCCUUCAUUUGGACGUAAAAAAUAAAAAAGAUUUACACGAACCCGGUCAUUUAAACGUUUACUAUCUUGAUAUUUCAUAUUGUGGCCUGUGAGGAAAUUACAACAAAAUACUCGAAUAUGUCUGGUGUGUGUGUGUAUAGAAAAGCUUAAUAUCACUAUAUAUACACAGUAUAAUCCAUAAUUAUUGGCACCCUUUAUAUACACGCAGUAUACGACAGACUUUGUAGCUUUAUUUAAAUACAGACCUUCCCCCCCCCCCUUCACACAGUAAACAUAGUAAACUUACCCCCCCCAAAUACAAAAAAACCCCAAAACAUUUUAAAGGGUGCCAAUAAAUUUGCGUAUCCAGGCUGGGAAAGCAUCUAUACCAUAUACCCAUAAAAGAAAAAAACGUUUGUCGCGAGUUGCUGCUGGAGACGAGAGGAAGAGUUUUUAUAGCAAGCUAUGAUCCUUUAGCGUACGAUAGUAACACGAUGAAAAAGAACAGCUGUAGAAAUCAAUCUAACCUAGUGACACCCUGCACUCUGACCAAUCACAGGCUGUGUUUACGACUGAAUGUAUUAUAUAUAUAUAUAUAUAUAUA